AUGAUGCGAGAUUUCCGCGCACUGAAUCUGCUGAUACUCAUCUUCAGCGCCAUCAAUGUCAUCGCUGUCGGCCUCUUCACGAUCAGUUUUUUGAACAGCCCACGCAACAAAACCCAUCAGCCAACAGAAUGUCGCACCCUCAUUCAAGCACAUCGUUUCAGAGCCCGCAGGAACUUCCUCUCGCCUCAUCGCGCGCGAAUUCGGCCAAACACCCGACUAGCCUUCGUUUUUGGGAUUGAAAACGCCUUUACCACCCCGGACGAAGAGUACGCAACCCAUUUCGUCAGAAACGCAAGGAAUCUGAUCAACCUCAAAGCGCAAGACUGGGAACGACUGGCCAAGUCGCUCCAAUCCAAAGCUAACGAGCUCAUCAGCACAGCGCACCGCCUCCACCUCGCAAGCCUAGACACCCUCCCCGACGCCGAAAAGCACAUGGUCUCCCUAGCGCAGGCCAUCAACCGCGCCUGGGUGUCCUCCAAGAACGACGUCGACCCCAUCGAAUUUGCCGAUAACCCCGGCCUCCAAGCCUCCCUCUCCGCGCUGUUUCCUACCUUUGACGGAACCAACCCCCGCGAUAACCCACUCUGCUGGAUCCUCCCCGGCUUCGAGACAAGCUGGCGCAUCAACCUGCGCAUGGUCCUGGAACUCCUGCUCAACAUGGGCCAGACUCAUCCCGACUGGACGGCCACGAUGAUUGCUUUCGCAGAAAACCCCACGAAGACACAGUUCGAAGCCCCGGGAGCAGACAACGUCUCCGCCAAGGAUCUAGUGGCGGAAGGAUUGCGACUGUACCCUCUGACCAAGCGGAUCUACCGUGCGUUCGAAUGGGAGGAGAACGGUGCGAGACACUCGGAUACCUUCGCCGCGGACGUGGAGGCUUGUCAUCUGGCGGGUCGAGUCUGGGGACAAGAUGCGCUGAAGUAUAAUCCACUGCGCUGGCGGGCUGUCAUGGAUGUGCAGAAGCAGGCGUACCUGUCUUUUGGUGGUGCGUCGUUCGAAUGUCCCGCUAAGGCGGUCUUUGGGCCUAGGAUGAUUGCGUUGGUUGUUGGGGCUUUCGUGGGCGUUUUGCGGGUGGGUCACGGUUGGAGGCUGGUUGAUAAGGAUGGAAAUGGGGUGAACGAUGUGUUCUGUGGGGAGAGGUUGAAGAAUGAUCGUGGCUCGUAUGAGGAGCUGUUUCUUGUUAGGGCGGCGGGUGGUGUCUAG